AUGUCACAGAUAGAUUCAAUCCUCUCAUUCCCCAAUGAGCUUCUCCUUCUUGUCGCCUCCAACCUCCCUCUCAAAGACCUAAACUCCUUCCUUCGCACCUCACACCGUCUCAAUGCCCUCCUCACACCCACCCUGCACCGUCUCGCGGUACAGGAUCGCGGCUAUGGCUGGUGGUCACCCUUUCCAGCCCUUCACUGGGCUGUCUGGAAGGGACAUGCAGGCCUCACCAAGCUCCUCAUUGCAAAAGGCUUUGACGUCAACCUCCGUAGUACCUUCGGAGGAAAGACGGCCCUACACUUUGCAGCACUCAUGGGGAACCCGGAGAUUGUAGGACUGCUAUUAGACGCUGGAGCAGACGUUGACAUAAAGGAUGUCGAGCCCGGUGUUACUGCACUACAUGUCGCCGCAUUACAGGGUCAUGAGGAGGUGGUCAGGUUAUUGAUCAAGCGCGGCGCAGAUGUGAGUGUUAGUGACCACAUAGGAAGGACACCUCUAGUCUGGGUCGCGAGAUAUGCCGGUGUUGGUAAAGCUGUCGAGGGCGUGUUCAAGACGCUGGUAGAGAGCGGAGCAGACGUUGACGCGGGCGAGAGGGAGUGUGGAAGGACAUGCUUACAUUGGGCUGUCGAGAAGGGGUGGAAGAGCGUGGUAAAGAUGCUAGUGGACGGAGGCGCCAGCCUCACGGUCUUGAAUGGAAAAAAGGAGACUGCAAUCGAUUGGGCGCUGAAGAACGGUGAUGAUGAGAUAGUGAGACUAUUACUUGAGGGCGUAAGGGAGAGGGAGAGUUCACUGGGCAUGGUGGGCAAGAGGCUGGCUAUCGCUGUUUGA